AUACAAAGUUGCAUCGCAUUUGCUCGAUUAAUAGAAGAGAACAACAGGCGUAAAAAAACGUUUCUAUUUUUUGUGCUUUGGAGGAAAUCUGUUCCCUUUCCGCUCCUGCCGAACAAUCAGCACAUUCACGAGCAGGAUUCAGUCAGGAGUUUAAUAUCUCUAGAGAUUUACCUUCUGUUUACCUUCUUUAACUUCUCUCUGAAUGUCACAUUUGUUCACACGCGCCUCAUACAAUGAGGAUUAUAAUCUGGAUUUUUGCGGCCGCUCUGUUCAACAUUGUUUCUGCGCAACGACAACGAAGACCAGCCUUUACAUGUGGCGGGAACUUUACAGGAGACGCGGGAUUGAUUGGGAGUCAGGGCUACCCUAACGUCUACCCACCCAACAACAAAUGUGUGUGGAGAAUUACAGUCCCUCAGGGGAGGGUGGUCUCCCUCCUGUUUCGAGUCCUGGAUCUUGAGAGUGAUACUCUUUGCAGAUACGAUUAUGUAGAUAUAUAUGAUGGACACAUCAAUGGCCAGCGUCUCGGCCGAUUCUGUGGAACUGCCAGACCCGGAGCGCUGGUCACCAAUGGAAACAAGAUGCAAGUGGUCAUGGUGUCGGACGCCAACACAGCUGGGAGUGGUUUUGUAGCUGUAUACUCAGCAAUUCGCCCAAAUGAAAGAGGUGACCGGUAUUGUGGGGGUCUUUUGGACAAACCCAAUGGGACAAUAAAGACCCCUAACUGGCCAGAUAGGGACUAUCCUCCAGGAGUAACGUGUUUCUGGCAUAUAAUUGCCCCUCAGGAACAAAUCAUUGAGCUGAAGUUUGAGAAGUUUGAUGUGGAGAGAGACAGCUACUGCCGCUAUGACCAUGUGGCCGUGUUUAAUGGGGGAGAAAUGAAUGAGUCACAGAAGAUCGGCAAGUUCUGCGGAGACAGCCCACCCAUCCCAAUCUAUUCUGAUGGCAAUCAUCUCCUUGUCGUGUUUAUAUCUGAUCUGAGUCUGACUGCAGAUGGAUUCAUUGGUCAUUACCAGUGUAAAAUGAGGAGUCUAAGCACAGUCAGUUCCCCUCUUACUCCCGCAAGCACAACCCCACCCACCACACGACCCAUAGCUCUUACAUAUUCGGAAGAUCUUUGCAAGCAGAAAUGCAAAAGGACUGGAACAAUUGAAAGUCAUUACUGCUCUAGUAACUUCGUGAUUACUGCCACCCUUAUCUCAGCGGCCAUGAGGGACCAGAGCAUCCUCGCCACUUUCUCCAUCAUGCAUCUUUAUAAGGAAGGAAGUUUAGCCAUCCAGCAGGCCGGGAAAACCAUGAGCACCAAAGUCACAGUACUUUGUAAAAAAUGCCCUCUGGUCAGAAGAGGGCUGAACUACAUUGUCAUGGGACAGACAGAUGAUCAGGGACACGGUGUAAUUUCCCCCAAUAACUUUGUGAUGGCUUUCAAAACCAAGAAGCAAAGAGAACUGGGAGUGCUGAAGAAUGUACACUGCUGAUGUGAACAGGUCAUCUCCGGCCCCUAAGGUUUUCUGUGUCUGGAUAUGCCAAAAACUGUAUAUUUCGAUCGCCACUUUUAACAGUGAUUUACGGUGCUUUUUAAAGUAUGUGUUACUGACGUGUUACUACCAUACUAGACCUUUUUGUGUGAACUUUUAUUUAGAUAAUGGACCUCAAACAUGCUUUAUUGUUUACGAAUACUAUCUUCAUGAAUGGUUGGGAAGUUUAAACUUGAAUUCACAAUCUUUGCAUUUCAACAGGAUAUUACAUUAGCACAACAUUCAAUGGUUCAGUAUUUGAGUCUGAGGUUUUGACAUUUCUAAAGUACUUUUUUGAAGUCUUUAGCCCAUUAAAAAAAUCAAUAUUUCUAUUUGAGAUAAAGAUUGAACUCAC